AUGAAUGAUCCACUCGCAAAGUACGCGGGAGCCAACACCGCAAAGCAUUUGGUUUUCUUCAACUAUCACGAGUACCUUGUCUCUGAGUAUCGGCCGUUGAAUUUUGCUGAAGGGAGCCCCCAGCAAAAUCUGAACUCAGGGGAAGACCAAGCGCAUCAAGAGCAUCGUCCGGCACUAGUGGUCAGCCACUUUCCCAAUGUAUACGCCGCAUAUGGUGGAGAACUUUACGGACGGACAAGAAUCGUACGGGUCCCCCGGAUCUACGACCUAUGCGAAGAGCUGUACAUGGUGCCCCAGUUUUCUGCCUAUGUUCCAGGGCACGAGCCAGCGGCUUUAACUAGUGAAGCCGUGACGGAGUUCCAAGUCUGCGGUGCAUACGGAGGGCAAAAGUUCGGAGUCACUUCGCUCACGCCGUUGGUGCCUCAGUGGCUCACGAAAAAUGAGUUCCGGGAUAUCGUGCAGACUAUCAACAAGCUUCUCCACGAGGCGGCUACACCGCAUGGUAAACACACGUGGCUAGAGAACAUGGUGGACUUUUUCUCUGGUGCGCUUUACUCUACAUUCUACUCCAAGUAUCUUGUGGCUUCUAACUCGGAACUCAAGAUGAAGGCACUCGAUGCAUAUGUGGAGUCAGUGAACAUAAGCUUGAGAGCUAAGCAUCCGGACUUACAGGUGAUGUCCUUGCUAAAAAGUGCCAUGCUAUCUUUGGACUUCCAGAUUCCCAUGGUAGCGGGGCCCAGUGCGGGGCACCUGAGCCCGAGAUCCAUCCAUGCUCUGGGAGAACAAGACAAAGGCGAAUAA